CCCUUCUCGUUUCAAUACAUUAACCUUUGUACUUGACGUCAAACAAAUGCUUUUGAACACGAAUCAUGUCGGCACCGCAAAAGCCUUGGGAGCGAGGACAUGGACUUACUUCCACCAAACCCACUCCAGUAAAUUCAAGGGAUGAUGUUCCCAGACCCACGCCAAACAGGGGGACACUUUCAAGUUCAAGAUCAACAUCAGCAUUGGGAGACACAGCUACACCAAGAACACCCCCUGCCCCUCCUCCUAGAUCACAGAAUACUGGGUUAACACCACGUUAUGGAGCACUGGGCUACGGUGGCAGUGGUAUGGGCUAUGGCAUGGGAUACGGAGGGUAUGGUGGCUAUGGCAGUAGUUAUGGAGGACUAUAUAGUCCCUAUGGCUCCACGGGGUUAUACGGUGGCUAUGGUGGACUGAGUGGAGGUUAUGGAAGAUUUGGCACCGGCUAUGGUGCAGAGCAAUCAACAUUUGCCAGGAUGGCUGAGGAAAGUUCAAGACCAGCUUUCCAGUCUAUAGAGAACAUUGUCAGUGCUUUUGGUUCAGUAGCCAUGAUGCUGGACUCCACGUUUUGCGCAGUGUACAAUUCAUUCCGAGCUGUGAUAGGUGUUGCAGAUCAUUUUACACGAAUGAAAAGCCACUUUGCUCAGAUAUUUGCUUCUGUUGCCUUUAUCAGACCCUUUUUAUGGCUAUGGAGGAAACUGAGGAGCCUUCUUGGAUUUUCACAAAAUGUUAGCUCUGAGGAUGCUUGGACUGAAGUGAACAGAGCAGGCGCUUCAUUACCACAGGAUGACAAACAGAAGUCUAGCUGGCCAAUCUUGUUGUUUUUUGCUGUGAUUUUUGGAGGACCAUGGCUUAUCUGGAGACUGCUCUCAUCAGUUAAAAAGAAUGAGGGUCAAGAAUGGGCUAGUGGUGAGGAUGAUCACUUUGAGGCGGAGGCUGAGUACAGUUUUCAAGGAAGGAGUGAAGACGAGCUAUCUUUCCGUGCUGGUCAGAGGAUUAACAUUGCUCCCAAGGAACUCCAGCCCAGGAUGCGAGGUUGGCUUUUAGCAAGUGUUGAUGGAAAGAGUGAAGGUUUCAUACCUGUCAAUUAUAUCAAAAACCCUAGAAAAAGAAUUGGAAGAAAGAAUGCUCGCCAGCAACAACCAGCACAACCUGUUAGUUCCGUUGUAGAUGAGGAAAGACUAUUAAACGAUGAGUUUCCACAGAAUGACUUGGAACAGGAACAACAACAGUUUGCUAGUGCUUUUCCCACCCAGACUAAAGAUGAGGAUAAAAUUGCUGCAGACAUUUUGGAAGAUAACAGUUCAGAAUUGCCUAGUCGAGCAGACAGCUCAUAACAUUGGUCCUAUGGCAGAAUCUAUUUAUAUGGUUGUCUGACCACAUGCAUUAGCCAAUGGUAGAAAUAAUAGUUGCCAAAGUCAGAAUCAGAAGGAAUUUUUUUUACAGUUCAUACUUACAAAAUUUCCAUUUGUAUUCAACUAUACAAAUUACGCAUACAAGCUUUCGGGAAUCCAUUUCCACUUAAAAUUUUCACAAAAAUGAUUAAAUUGGUAAUCAUAUAAUCCAUGUUGCUCAGUGCUUUGGCACCAAUGCUAUGUCAUUUUCUUGAUUAAACAGCUUGCUUACAUACUUCUUUUGAAGUAUCCAACUUUCCUGUCUUUUUCUUUGUACAUUUUACUUUUUGCAUCCUCUUUGAAACAAAGAUGUCACCUCAUCAUUGUCUCUUUUGCAAUACCAAGCUUUUCUUGUCAAUGAAAAUGAAUAUUUUGAAUUAUCCAUUUAUGUUAUACUGAGAUAAUGAGAAAAUUACGGUACUGAAGAAGACUUUGCAGUGAGGUGGAAAUGUUGUGAUGUUUCAACGCAAGAUCCAGUGUUAGAUUUCAUUUUCUCAAUAAUGAUGUUACUGAUCAAACACACUUGGUUUUACCAGUCGGGAUUCCCCUGACCAGUAAAAUUUUCAUGGACCAGAAAGUUCACUUGAUUCAAAUACUGUCAUUUUGAAUUGACAUUUUGUUGGGCAAAAUCUUUUGAUAUGGCAGUUUUUGUAACAUCUAUCCAAAUGCCUGGCCAUUUUUCAAGUUUUCAGCAUGUGUGCCAUUAGCACUUAAGCUAUUCAAUCAUAUUAUGGGCUUUAUAAAAUCAGCGUUUGUGGGACACCACAUUACAUCAAAGAAAAUACCUAGUUAACUGUUGGAACCAUCUCAUGUGAUUGCGUGCCAUUUUGAACUAUUACUUAAUUUUAAAGCUAUUUUCAUUCCUUUGUAUACAUUAUUUUGGCAAGUUCUGUUAUAUCUUGCAAUACCAACUGGAGUAGAGGAACAGAGUUAAUAUACCCCAAAUUACAACCCAGUGUAAUUUACUGAAAAGAAUGGUUCAAUAAUAAGCAGAAAGAAAAUAUA